ACUUGGGGAUUUGAUUCAAUAUUAUUGCAUUUGCAUAUAUAUUCAUUUGAACUUGGACGUUUUGUCUUCUCUUCCUAUUAUAUUGGUUAUCUGUGUUAAUGUUGCUACGCGGGCAUAUAAAAAUGUCGGCUUUGUCCCGCGUUAACAGUCAUUUAGAACAACAGACCUAAAAGAAGUGAUUAGUAAAGCCAGGUGACGCACCUAUACCAGGUAAGGCCAAUAGAAUUUUGUCGUGUCUUGAUGCCAAGUGGUUCAUGCCUAAGCCCAUUAUGAGAAGCUCUUGGAUGUUCGUAAUCUGUUUUGCUAUGCUCAUUCUGUACACAAACGGUCGAAUCUUAAGACCCGAAACGUCUUGGGAGGACGAGUUGGAGGAUGAUCUUGCUAAUAAUAAGCGCUCCUUGGCGUGCUCAUGCGAGGAUGGCUCGGGAAGAACCGGGACCCACUGGAUAUUCGAUUGUCCCAAGGGCUGGGCGGAUUGCGGUGGAUUCCGAUGCUGUGUAGAGACGAGCAAAUAAUGAGAACCUCUAAUGUUGAUUUUUUAACAAUGGAAAUGUCUCAAUAAAUUGUAGUACCAAAAAGAAA